AAAUAGUUAUAGUUAAAAUUAUAUUUACAAAAAUAAUCAAAAUAGAAAAUGUUUGUUCGAAAAUACACCUAUUUGCUAUAUUUAGAGAUGGUUACAAUGUCGGCAUUUAAAUAUUUGCAUGGAGCAGUUGAGUUGUAUCAAAAAAAUGAAGUCUUUGUUUUGACAUCAGACAAUCUUCUUAAAACAUUUCAAAUUUUUCCAAUUGAAUACGAAAUAACUUUUGAAGUUUUUUUAAGCUCGUUUACUUCAGGAUACGGUACUCCUGAUAAUGGUUAUUGUCAGUGUGCAAACUUGUUUCGAUUCACGAUUGGUACCGAUGAUUCGACUGCUUACGGAAAUAGAAUUUUGGGUGUGUGGUUUCAAAAUACCGGAGUUUUGACGUAUGAUUCCUAUAAAAAUGGUACUAACUAUCGAGUAACAACAAGUUCGUAUAGCGCAGGAUUAAAAAAAUUUAACUUAAGUCAAUUAUUAUAUCAUGGUGACUAUAUUUCUACCUUAAAAGUUGACGGUAUUACCAUCUCAUCAGUAAAAAACGCAGAUGCAAAAGUUUUUGAAAAUGUAAAAAUGUAUUUUUCCGAUGGUUUUUAUAUGCCACAACCUGGAACCGUCAGAAACCUUUUAGUUACAAAAGGUUGUUCAGAAAGCAACUCUUACUGCAAACCAAACUUAAAUGUGCAAAUUAACUGGCUAAUAAUUGAAAAUGUACUUAAUAUCAGCUUUCAAGUAACCUACAAUAGUAUAGAAGAAUUAGCUUAUAACGUAGUUUGGGAAUAUUUUCUACCACGUUUUGUAACGCUACAAUCUGAGAUUACACCAUUAGAUGCUGUAAAGUUUAGUGCAAGCAAUCUUAAAUAUAAAAUUUCAAAUCUACAAAGUAACGGAAACAGUCAAAACAUUACAGUACUAGUUAACAAUUAUAAGUGUUUCCUUGGUGACUCAUUCCAUAUUGAGAUUCCAUUCAAAUUAUAUUAUGAAAAUAGUGCCGCAUCAUCAUGGAAUUCAUUUCAUGUUAUAAGAAAUAGUUUAAAAGAAAACUGUAAAAGCUUUAGAUUGCCAAUUGAUCAAAAUCACGCAACAGAAUACUACGGUCAAGGAGUAUACUGGGAUGACAUCAGUUCUCAAAUAUAUCUAUGUAUUAACCAAUAUGUUACAAAUUUUCAAAAACCUACAUGCUUUUCUUCAAAAGAUGAUGGCUUGUCUUGGCAAGCAAUGGAUGUGCGCAUUGGAGCAGUUCUCGGACAUCAUACUUCAAAAAGAGAGUUAUAUGCAAUACACAGAAACCAAAAGUUAUACUUAAUGUUUCAUAAUUUAUUUAAAAAAUGGUUGGUUGUAACAAAUAAUGAGUUUAAAAAUAAUAUUGUAAAUCAUCUUGAUUUGUCAAAGAUAAAGCCAUAUAAGGAAGAUGUGGAAUAUAACUUAUCGUUUGGUACAAAGCAGUGGAUGGGAAACCAAGAUGGAUUACACUUCAAAAACCUGACAGACAGUACUUGGAUUAGAAGAUUUAAAUGGGAUGUUUAAAA